AUGGCGAUCAACUGGAUCCUGCUCAUCUCGAGGCAGGGCAAGGUUCGCCUCGCCAAGUGGUUCACCACCAUGAGCCCCAAGGCCAAGACCAAGAUCAUCAAGGACGUCACCCAGCUCGUCCUGGCCAGGAGGACGCGGAUGUGCAACUUCCUCGAAUACAAAGACUCAAAGGUCGUGUAUAGGCGGUACGCCUCGCUCUUCUUUGUCACGGGCAUCAGCCAGGGCGACAACGAGCUGGUGACGCUCGAAAUCAUCCACCGCUACGUCGAGAUCCUCGACCGCUACUUUGGCAACGUCUGCGAGCUGGAUCUCAUCUUCAACUUCCAAAAAGCCUACGCCAUUCUGGACGAGCUGAUUAUAGCGGGCGAGAUGCAGGAGUCGAGCAAGAAGUCGGUGCUGCGCACCGUGAGCCAGAGCGACUCAAUCGAAGAGGCCGAACAGAGCGAAGACUCGCUGGCGAGGAUCGGUAGUCGCUCUGGCUGA